UCUCUCGCAGUGUGACAAGAGCCUGAAGUGAAAUCACUUGUGUCCAAAGGAGAUCCACAGCCAGCUGCAGACAGAGUGCAUACUUUUUAUACGAGGCAAGAUGGAACAAGUAUUGGCGCCUUUAAGGGAGGCUGUGAAGCAACAGGGUGACUUGGUGCAUCAGUUGAAGGAGAAAGGCUCCUCAGAGCAAGAGGUGAGCAAAGCCGUGGCGGAGCUGAAGGCGCGGAAGAAGAUUCUAGAGGCAAAGGAGCUUGCUUUGCAACCCAAAGAUGACACAGUGGACAGGGUGAAAAUGGAAGACACGUUGAAGAGGAGAUUCUUCUAUGAUCAGGCUUUUGCCAUAUAUGGAGGUGUGAGCGGCCUGUAUGACUUCGGCCCAGUUGGCUGUGCCCUGAAGAACAACAUCCUGCAGGUGUGGAGGCAGCACUUCAUCCAGGAGGAGCAGAUCCUGGAGAUCGACUGCACCAUGCUGACCCCCGAGCCUGUCCUCAAGACGUCAGGGCAUGUGGAUAAAUUUGCUGACUACAUGGUGAAAGAUGCCCAGACUGGAGAGUGCUACCGAGCCGAUCACCUCCUCAAAGCUCACUUGAAAAAACUGAUGUCCGAUGAGAAGUGCUCGGUGGAGAAGGUGAAUGAGAUGGAGGAUGUGAUCACUCAGAUGGAUAACUACACUCAGCAGGAGCUUGCUGAUCUCUUUGUGAAAUACAACGUCAAGUCUCCCUCCACAGGAAAUGACCUCACACCUCCCAUCUCCUUCAACCUGAUGUUUCAGACGUCCAUUGGGCCGGGAGGCAACAUGCCCGGCUAUCUGAGGCCUGAAACAGCUCAGGGAAUGUUCCUCAACUUCAAGCGUUUAUUGGAGUUUAACCAGGGGAAACUGCCCUUUGGUGCCGCUCAGAUAGGAAACUCCUUCAGGAACGAAAUCUCUCCUCGCUCUGGACUCAUCCGUGUCAGAGAGUUCACCAUGGCUGAGAUUGAGCACUUUGUGGAUCCAAAGGAGAAGGUCCACCCUAAAUUCUCCAAAGUGGCCGACCUGGAGAUCCUGCUGUUCUCCUCGAGGGCUCAGACCAGCGGACGGCCUGCACAGAUCAUGAGGCUGGGGGAUGCUGUGGAGCAGGGAGUGAUCAACAAUUCAGUGCUGGGUUACUUCAUUGGAAGAAUCUACCUGUAUCUGAUUAAGGCGGGGCUCUCCAAAGACAAAGUGCGCUUCCGGCAGCACAUGGACAACGAGAUGGCUCACUAUGCGUGUGACUGCUGGGAUGCAGAGUCCAAAACCUCCUAUGGCUGGAUAGAAAUUGUGGGCUGCGCUGAUCGCUCCUGUUAUGACCUCUCAUGUCACUCCAGAGCCACCAAAGUCCCUCUAGUGGCAGAGAAGCCUUUGAAAGAACCCAGAGUAGUAGAUGUUGUCCAGUUUGAACCCAACAAAGGAGCCAUAGGGAUGGCCUACAAGAAAGACGCCAAGCAGGUUCUGGACUACCUGUCCGUCUGUGACGAAUGCUACAUCAGUGACCAGGAGAAGCUUCUCAGUGACACUGGGGAGUUCAGCUUUGAGUCGGACGGCAAAACAUUCAGACUGACCAAAGACAUGGUCAGCGUGAAGAGGUUCCAGAAAACCUUGCACGUGGAGGAGAUUGUUCCAAAUGUAAUCGAGCCCUCGUUUGGCAUCGGGAGAAUCAUGUACUCCAUCUUCGAGCACUCAUUUCGUAUCCGGCAGGGGGACGAGCAGAGGACGUAUUUCAGCUUCCCUGCAACUGUAGCUCCAUAUAAAUGUUCCAUCCUGCCUUUGAGCCAAAACCAGGAGUUCGUGCCAUUUGUCUGCCAGUUAUCUGAGGCGAUGACCAAAAAUGGUGUGUCUCACAAGGUGGACGACUCUUCAGGAUCCAUCGGGCGUCGCUACGCCAGGUCAGACGAGAUCGGAGUGGCCUUCGGUAUCACCGUUGACUUCGACACCGUCAACAAGACGCCUCGCACAGCCACGCUGAGAGACCGGGACUCAAUGAGACAGAUCAGGGCCGAGGUCACUGAGCUCCCAGAGGUGGUUCGGGAUCUGGCUAACGGCACCUUGACGUGGGCUGAGGUGGAGAGCAAGUACCCCGUGUUUGAGGGACAGGAGACCAGCAAGAAGGAGUAAGCAGACAGGGACUCCUCUACUCGUCACUCAGGGACCAUAUUGCCAAUAAAGAUUUUGCAUUUAAUCAUUUUUUAUAAAACUCGCUUAAAAAUUUUGAAAAAUCCAAUGCACAGGCUAAAUAUUAUGACUGUAUUUGUGGUGAAUAGAAUAUUAAAUCCAUUUACUGUAUCUUUAUCUGUAUUCAGACAUACAGACAUAUUAUGGUAUACAGAUCAAGUAAACAGCAGCCUCUGGAGAUUCACAUUCUUCACACAGACUGAAUGAAAACUACUCACAAACAUGCUGGAGGGCUAACACAGUCCUCUGUGGCCUCAUACCUCCGACUGCAUUAUUGCCACUUGAACAACUCUCUUAACAACUCCCAGUGGAUGAUUCUAUUAAAGCAGAAAACAUUUAUCUUGUAUGUCUUGACUUUUCCAAAUAAACCGCAUAUGCCUCUUUC